GACACUGGACGGACACGGCUGGAGGACCUCUCAGCGCUGUUAAAUUGCAGUAUUGUUUCUGACCGUAACAACAAGAAGAUGCCACUGGGUGACGAGUGCCAUGCCUGGAAAAAGAAGACCUCAGAUGUGAAGGAGAAGUAUGACUUCAAAGAGAUCCUGGGAACGGGAGCUUUCUCUGAGGUGGUCUUGGCAGAGGAGAAGAGGACCCAGAAACUGGUGGCCAUCAAGUGUAUCCCUAAGAAGGCAUUAGAGGGCAAGGAAAACAGCAUUGAGAAUGAGAUAGCAGUCCUGCACAAGAUUAAGCACACCAACAUUGUAUCUCUGGAAGAUAUAUUUGAGAGUAAAACACACCUCUACCUUGUCAUGCAACUGGUGUCUGGUGGGGAACUGUUUGAUCGUAUCAUAGAAAAGGGCUUCUACACAGAGAAAGAUGCCAGUAUGCUCAUUCGCCAGAUUCUGGAUGCUGUCAAAUACCUCCAUGACAUGGGCAUUGUGCACCGUGACCUAAAGCCAGAGAAUCUGCUCUACUACAGCAUGGAUGAAGACUCCAAGAUCAUGAUCAGUGACUUUGGUUUGUCUAAAAUCGAGGGCUCUGGCAGCGUGAUGUCGACGGCUUGUGGAACACCUGGAUAUGUCGCCCCUGAAGUUCUGGCUCAGAAACCCUACAGUAAAGCAGUGGACUGCUGGUCUAUUGGUGUCAUAUCAUAUAUUCUGUUGUGUGGUUACCCUCCUUUCUAUGAUGAGAAUGACGCCAAACUAUUUGAACAGAUCCUGAAGGCAGAAUAUGAGUUUGAUUCUCCUUACUGGGAUGAUAUCUCUGAUUCAGCUAAAGACUUCAUAGUCCACCUGAUGGAGAAAGACCACAAUAUACGUUAUACCUGUGACCAGGCUCUGCAGCACCCCUGGAUCGCUGGGGAUACUGCCCUGGACAAAAACAUCCAUGAGUCUGUCAGUGCACAGAUCAAGAAGAACUUUGCAAAAAGCAAGUGGAAGCAAGCAUUCAACGCCACAGCCGUGGUUCGCCACAUGAGGCGUCUUCAGCUGGGCACCAGCCACGAGGGAACAAAUCCACAGCACGCAGAGGCUUGUUGUGAGGGAGGGUGCACCCAGAACGUCGACGGUGGAGCGGACACUCUGUCCAACUGCAGCUACCGCUGCCACCCGACCAGCAGGGUGUGAUCCCUGCGCCUGCUCCACUUACCUGUUUAAUCGAUCCCAGUGACUUUCCAAUUUUAACCCCCUCGGUGGAACCAGAGGCACCAUCUCCCCCUUUACCUGGUUAGGAAUACAGCGUCAUUCCAACCUCUUGCCUGCAGGGGGAGCAAGCCUGUCCAGCCUGAGAAGGAAGAAAUAAAAUGCAUGAAAAGGAGGAGGGGAGAGACAUGAUGAUUAUGAUGAUGGUGAUGAUGAUGCACCACAGUGGAUCUGUUUUACAGACUGGUAGUUUGGGAAUAAGUUGAAAUGGUGAGAGGACACAAAGGAAGGAGGAGAAGAUAAACUCCUCCACCAGCGUGUCAGGGGGUUUGGUUUUUUUUGCCAAGCAGGAUAGAGCUUGUUGGACACUGUUUUUACUCAUGAUUUUUGACUCAACUUGUGUCUUUGUUUGUUUCGUUUUAUAUAUUUUUGUGUUGUCUUUUUAACUAGACUUCAUAGUGUAAAUCCAGAAACAAUAUCUGCAUGACCAGGAGAGAAUUUCCCCAUGCAUUUUUUGUUAUCUUUAAAAUAUACCCUGUUGAAGUGAUGCAGCUUCACCUUGCAAAUGAUGGUGUGUCUUGUACAAAGUCCAUCAAGGCAGAAAGGCAUAGAGAAUUUUGAUAUUUCAUCUUCAGUAUUUUAACUGAAGAUGAAAACUUAUAAUUUAACAUUUAUGCUGCAAAGUAAACAAAGAUCUGCAUUUUUUUGUCUUUAAGUUGUGCUUUUAGACAAUCAGUGACUGAAUAGUUUUUGCAAAGAAAACUCCAUCUAUCUACUAUGUAGCCUUUUAUGUGGUGAUAGUGUUUCCAUACAGUGGUAAAAGGUUUUUUUUAAGGACAAGGCUUUCCCCUUCUCCUUUUUUCAACCCCAAACCUCUUAAACCACUCGAGCACAGGGAUAUAUCUUUGUCUAAGGUGCCUUUAGGAUAUACAGUAUGAUGGGUUUAUUUUCAGGGGGAGCUUCUGAAACGUUGUGUCUCUUUCUGCACUGUUCAUACAGCACUGACUAUUUCUGUCACUUCAUAUUUUGUAGGUACCACAUUUACAGCUUUAAAACACAGUUUUAUGUUUUUUUCUCAAAGUUAAAUACUAUAAUUUUAGAGGGGAGACCUGCACACAUAUUGUCAUAGUGGUCAAUGUCUUUAAAGGUCCUUUUUUUCAUUUAAACUGGUUUAAUAUUACAAUAUCCAACAAAAGCUAAUGAAAUUAAUAAAACAACAAUUCAGAAGAAGCAUUGAUCAGUGUGCUCAGCCUUCCUCAAGACUCAGUAGGACUAAGUAGGUUGUGUGGAUGCAAAAAAAACACAAAAUUUGAUAUGCAUCUGUCACCAUGUACUGUAAUCGUACCAUCGUUUUUCUUCUUACAUUCUUUAACAGGCACACGUAGUCUGUUUAGAAAUGUAGAAUAGAGAAUGUAAAUAUGCAUCAGAUUGACUCACUCAUCAUCUUUACUGCUUCUUUUAUUUUCAUUUGUCAUUCAUUCAGCUCUCUCUAAAAAAAACACAUAGCAACGCUGGUUAUUUUACUGGCUUUUAUAAAGAAUCCUCUAAUGGAUAUUGUUGAAAUUGCAGUAAAAGUGAUACUGAGAUCUUUCAUUGACAUGAACUUCAUCCACCAUCUCAUCACUCAAUCUCUGAAACGUUUCUGUUGAAAAUGUUCAUACUCUCUGCUACAAAAGCAUAGACUUUUGGUACUGAUGUGAUGUUUGCAUGACGUGGCUUAACAUUUGUGAA